ACGUUGCGGCCGAGAUGUCUCUUCGUUCGGCGCGGUGAGCGUGUUCGGGGCUGAAGGCGUUCGCGAGUUGAUUAACUCGUUAAACCGCACGCGUCGCGAUGGCGAAAUUCGACCUGACGGCCCGCAUAGGCCAGUACCUGGACCGGCACCUGGUGUUCCCGCUGCUGGAGUUCCUGUCGGCGAAGCAGAUUUACGACGAGGACGAGUUGCUGCACGCCAAACUCGAUAUCCUCAGCAAGACGAACAUGAUAGACUACACCAUCGACAUUAGGAAGCAGCUCUAUCCCAACGUGGAGGUGCCGGAGGUGCGUCCCUCCGCGUAACGCGUAUGCGCACCUGCGUCGUGGACCUAGGCCGGUAUUCAUAGUCGAUUCUUAUUUUAGUAUCAUCUU